CUCAAGGGACUCAUCGGAGGUGAGAGGGCAGCAACAGAGACAGAUGAAGCAUCGGAGUGCCGCAAACCGAUCCCUCUUCGUGUGUCUGUUGCGUGGCUGCAGAUCUGUUGUGUGAUUCCUCGCUCAGGCCUCAGGACACUCCCGAUGCAGCCCACUGGUGCAGCCCACCCCUCGUCCCGUCCCCCCAGCCCUGCCCUCUUCCAGCCCGCCGACCUCUUUGACCUGUCAUUGCCCAUCAGCAAGAUGGCCGCCAUGGCCAUGGCGACUGACGAUGCCAAACGAGCCGCUCUCCGCUCGCAGCUCGCCACCCGCACUCGGCAACAGGAGCUGCUGGGCCACACUGCGGAGACCGUCAACAGCACCCUGCUCAACGCCGUCCAGCAGCACAUCCACAAGGCCCUCAGUCAAAGAGGUGUGGCGGACGUCUUGGCCUUCGACAUUGGCGGUAAUGUGGAGGCCGGCUUGAGGGUGGUCUAUGUGCUGGAGCGGGGCAAUGGCGAGGAGUGGCGGGCGAUGGGGCGGCUCCCUCGGCUGGCCUUCAUCUACCGGCUGACGCCUGCUGAUGCGACUCGGCCUCUCCGUCUGUCGGCCGACGCACUGCCCACAGCAACGGCCUUCCACCAGCUGCCACUCACCAUGGCCAUCUACAAAAUCAUGGGCCGUCAGCUUACGCUCAGAUGGCCCACACUGGAGCUGCAGCAAGUCGACGACAACGGACUCUAUCGGAUCGGCAAUUCUGGUCCAUUUCGUGUGGUGCCUUUGGGUGAGCUGCCGGGCGGCCAUCGCUAUGCUGAGGGCUACAAGCGGACCGAUCCCGUCAUCCGAUGGGGCCCCUAUCUCUAUCGCUCAUUCUCGGCAUUCCUGAUGGACGCGCUGCUCUGGUGGUGGGACCGUGAAGAGGGGGUGGGUCAGAGGAUGGUGCUGUCGGCCAACAUCGGCUGCCGCGACCCUCGCUAUCACCGACUGUUGAGGACCGACAACAUCACAGAGGAUCAGGGCAUCGCUAUCGAUUAUCGCAAUGAUGCGGGCAAUCUCAAUGUUGCUGAUUCGAUUGACUUUCGGAAUGUGAUUGUGAGCGGCUGCCGCGAAAACGAGACCGUCGCUGCGCACCUGUGGGUGGCGUGGGGCGGAAUCAGGCUGUACACGACCGAGCCAUCUGCUGCCCAUCGACUUCAGCCGCUCGCUGUCCGCUUCCCCACUUCAUUGCCCUUGUGGCGCAGUGUGCUGCUGGGAUGCGGGCUUGACAACGAUGUCAUCAACAGGGGGCGGGUGGUGCCAUGAGGGGUGCCGGCCGGCUGGUGCCUGAUUUGGCUGGUGCGUUUAAUGAGUUGGGGGGGCCGCGGGGGGAGGGGCUAAUGGCUGCAGGGUUGUCCACAUGUGGGUGUGUCUGUGUCCGGUGGCUUGACGCAUUGCCUGACGUGAGUGCUCCGUAUGUUAGCGAGACUGACUGAUGACAAAUUUCCCUUAAUCUCCGUAUUUUAUGUACACAGCCGUCCGUCCAUCCGAACAGACCACAGGGCACACACACAGACAGACAGAGACAGACAGACGGACGGACGGACAGGUAAUGUUCAAAGCUCUGCUCCCCGCCCGUCAAGCUGUCGUCAGUCGUGACGAUUUCACAUGAGCUUGACAGUAUAGAAGCAGGCCUGUCUUUGGGCAUGUGUGUGGUGAUUGUGUGUGCUGAUUAUGUCUUUCUUUGCAGUGUGCGAAGCAUUGAAUGGAACAAGGGUGGAAGGAUGAAUGGAAG